UGGUUUCAGUGUGAAUACAGCUCGCAUCCAACAAACAUCGUUUCUUGCUUUGAGCACAUCUCCGGAAUCGUCAUCAUACUACAAUGCGUACCCUUAUUGUUCUUUGCGUGCUUCUGGCCAUCGUUUGGGCAAAUCCGGCCGGCAAAGAACAACAACCCAAGUUAACAUGCUCCAAAGUUUGCACUGCAGACUACACACCAGUUUGUGGUCUCCUGAAAGAUGGUAAAGGGAGCACCAUAACGUUUGGUAACAGCUGUGUGAUGGAAAAUUACAAUUGUGAAACAAGUAAAAGUUACGUCGUGAAACAGCAGGGUGAAUGUGGCGACAAGAGUCCAGUGCGUCUAUCAUAAAUGUGUGGAUAUGCUCUUCAUCUUAUCUUGGACCAAUGCACAAUUUCGUUGAAAUGGAUAACCUUUGAAAUGUCUGAUUUUGUUUUGAAAAAUUGAAAACAAUACUGAAUAAAGGUGAAUUGUUGACUCGAAA